AUGGAAGACAUUGUGUUGUACACCUCUUUGUCACUGAUCUUCAUCCUCUUCACCUUCAAGUUCCUCUUCUUGAAUCGUCGCCGUUACGCCAACCUCCCACCAAGCCCCCCUUCACUUCCAAUUCUCGGCCACCUCCACCUCCUCAAACCCCCAGUCCACCGCACCUUCCACAUCCUCUCCCAAACCUACGGCCCCAUCUUCCCUCUCUGCUUCUGCUCUCGCCGCGUGGUCAUAGUCUCCUCCCCCUCCGUCGUCGAAGAAUGCUUCACCAAAAACGACAUCGUCCUCGUCAACUGCCCUAGAGGGCUCCUCGGCAAGUACAUCGGCUACAACUGGUCCACCAUGGUCUCCGCCCCUUACGGCGACCACUGGCGUAACCUCCGCCGCAUUGCUGCCAUCGAGAUCUUCUCUUCCCAGUGCCUCAACAUGUUCUCCACCAUUCGAAAAAAUGAGGUCAAACACUUGGUCCUCAAGCUGGCUCAGAACUCGAGUUCAGGUGAUUUCUCCAAGGUGGAAAUGAAUUCCAUGUUCAAUGAGCUUACCUUCAACAUCAUAAUGAUGAUGGUGGCGGGGAAGAGGUACUACGGCGACGACAUUGAUGACUCGGACAAAGAGGAGGCCACAAAGUUCAGGGAGAUCAUGACUGAGGUUUUCACGUACGGCAUCGCGUCGAAUCCGGCGGAUUUCUUCCUGGUUUUGAAAUGGGUUGGGAGUAAUGGGUAUGAGAAGAAGAUGACCGAGUUGGGGAAGAAGAGUGAUGCAUUUCUUCAAGGUCUCAUUGAUGAGCAUAAAGGAGUUAAGAGAAACACCAUGAUUGACCAUUUGAUUUCUCUGCAAGAAUCACAGCCCGAGUACUACACUGAUCAAAUCAUCAAAGGGCUUAUAAUGGUGGUAUUACUACAGGCGGGAACCGAUACAUCAGCGGUGACACUGGAAUGGAUUAUGUCAAAUCUUCUUAACCAUCCUCAUGUGUUGAAAGAUGCUAGAGCCGAAUUGGACUCUCAUCUCGGCUUGGAUCACUUAGUAGACGAACCCGAUGUCUCCAAAUUGCCUUACCUACAGAGCAUUAUUUCUGAAAUCCUUCGGCUUUAUCCGCCGCCGCUUUUGGUGCAGCAUUUAUCGUCCGAUGAUUGCACGAUCGGGGGAUUCGAUGCGCCUCGUGACACAAUGGUAAUGGUUAAUGCGUGGGCAAUACAUAGAGAUGCUGAGUUGUGGGAUGAUCCGGAAAGCUUUAAGCCCGAGAGGUUCAAAAAUGGCGAGCAUGACUCAUACAAACUCAUGCCAUUUGGACUAGGAAGAAGGGCUUGCCCUGGAAUGAGUCUAGCCCAACGUGUGGUAGGCCUAACUUUAGGGUCGUUGAUUCAAUGCUUUGAAUGGGAGAGAGUAGAUGAUAAAAAUGUUGAUAUGACCGAAGGCAAAGGAGUCACCAUGCCUAGAGCUGUGCCAUUGGAGGCUAUGUGUAGAGCACGUCCCAUUGUAAACAGAAUUCUUAUUUAA